CAGUUCCAGCUUGUUGUGCCUGCUGUGAUGGGCAACACAUGCAGCGAGAUCAGCUGUGGGCGUGACGUGGCAUGGAAGGAGACUGAGAACAAGGGGAAGCCCCUGCUGCUCCAUGAGGAGUCAUCUCUUAAUAUUCCAGCUAUUGCUGCUGCUUAUGUUAUUAAGAGAUAUGUUGCCCAGGCACCGGAUGAACUCUCCUUUGAGGUGGGAGACAUCGUGUGCAUUAUUGCUAUGCCACCAAAGGAGCUGACCCCUUGGUGGAGAGGCAAGCAUGGCUUUCAGGUAGGCACAAGCAUCAGACUUGAGAGCGCAACUUCAGUAAAGGCAGGAAUCUCAGCUCAGAGCUGCUCUGCCUGCACAGAAUGGCUUAUGCACGUAAACGGUUUCCCUGUAUUGGUGUCAGAGGACUUUUCCUUUUCCUGUGGGCUUGGGCCAGUGCUGAAAGAGGAGGAAACUGCCUCCUCAAUUAACUUAGAAGCAAGAGCCUUCACAACAUGCAUCAGGUGGAACAUGAAGUUAGUGUCUGUUACGAAGUUACUGCCUGUCAGCCAAGGCCUGAGAAAUGCUGCAUUCAGUAUUGCACCUCUCUUUUUGUUCUCAUUACAGGUUGGAUUUUUCCCUAGCGAGUGUGUGGAGCUCAUUGAUGGAAAAAUUCCAGAGUCUCUCAUCAAUUCAGUGCCAAAGCCAGUGCCAAAGAAACGCGGCAAGCUGAUCACCUUCCUUCGUUCCUUUGUGAAGGCCCGCCCAAAGAAGCCAAAAGAGCGGGAGGUGGAGAAGGAAAGGGUGUUUGGCUGUGACCUGGGAGAGCAUCUUCUCCACUCUGGUCGUGAUGUCCCCCAGGUCCUCCAGAGCUGCGCCGAAUUCAUUGAGCAGCACGGCGUGGUGCAGGGGAUAUACCGGCUGUCCGGCGUUGCGUCCAACAUCCAGAGACUCCGCCAUGAAUUUGAGUCUGAGCACAUUCCUGAGCUAACCGUCCGCGACAUUCACAGCGCGAGCUCCCUCUGCAAGAUGUACUUCAGGGAGCUCCCAAACCCUCUGCUCACUGACCAGCUGUAUGACAAGUUCUCGGAUGCUAUUGAUGCCACUACAGAUGAGGAGCGGCUGGUCAGAAUGCAGGACGUCAUCCAGCAGCUGCCCGCUCCUCACUACAGGACACUGGAGUACUUGAUGAGACACUUGGCUUGUCUGGCUGGGAACUGCUCUAUCACAAACAUGCAUGCUAAGAACUUUUCUAUUGUGUGGGCUCCAAACCUCUUAAGAUCACAGCAGAAAGAGUCUGCCUGCGCCAGCGGAAGAGCCGCCUGCAUGGAGCUGCAGAUGCAGUCGGCUGUGGUGGAAUUCAUCAUCAACCACGCAGAUGUCCUCUUCUGUUCCAAAUCCAGAUCUGACAUUGUAGAUGGAGCAGGUGAAGCUUGA